GAAUACACAUACAGUCAAACGUCAGAGUUAUAUUUGCACCAGGUGAUGCUGAUCCUAAACUUUAAAAAGUUAUUUAUUUCAUAACAAUAAACCUUUUAAAUAAAUGUAUUUAUCGUGAAAUUUAUAAUUCUCACAAGGGAUUUUAAUUAUCCCUAAUUACCAAGAUGUCAACCGAAGAAUUUGACAGUGAUAUGGAGUACUCGGACUCUGACUGUGGUGACAAUGGUUACGAGGACUACUACAACAACCAGCACUGGGGCAGUGAAACUGACAACGACUUUGACAGUGAUCACAAUAAAAAGGACCCAGAGUACGCUAUACACGAUUGUCUUAGAGUCGAGGAAGUAGAGCGACUGCUGAAUGAGAAUGUAGAGGUGCUGAGCACCAAUCUGCACAUAACUCCAUCGCUGGCUAAAGUUUUGCUCCACACGCACGACUGGGCUCUGCAAGACGUGCUAGCUAAGUAUCGUACGAAUGCUUCCAGUUUGUUAGUUAAUUCCAAAAUUAAGUCACCUCAUCCUCCGGAUCCAGCUUCUGCAAUGAAAGCCCAAAAGGGCGGCCAGUGUUCUGUGUGUAUAACUAAUUAUCCGCCGGAAAAAUUUGCAACUCUGACGUGUGGCCACGCUUUUUGCAAAGACUGCUGGUGUAUGCAUUUUGAAGUGCAAAUUUUCCAAGGAAUUUCUACUGGUAUUGAAUGUAUGGCACAAGGAUGUGGCGUGUUAGUACCAGAGGAUUUUGUCCUUUCAUUACUAACAAAGCCUAACAUGAGAGACAGAUAUCAAAGCUUUGCGUUUCGUGAUUAUGUAAAAACACAUCCUCAAUUGCGUUUUUGUCCGGGACCCAAUUGUCAGAUAGUUAUGAAGUCUAAAGAACGUCGAGCUAAACGAGUUAUCUGCUUAUCAUGCAAAACUAUUUUUUGUUUCUGUUGUGGAAUGGACUAUCAUGCUCCAACAGAUUGUAAGACAAUAAAAAUGUGGUUGACUAAAUGCGCCGAUGAUUCUGAGACAGCAAACUAUAUUAGCGCGCAUACCAAAGACUGUCCUAAAUGUCACAUUUGUAUAGAAAAAAAUGGGGGUUGUAAUCACAUGCAGUGCUACAAUUGUAAGCAUGAAUUCUGCUGGAUGUGCCUUGGAGAUUGGAAGACUCACGGUAGCGAGUAUUACGAGUGCUCGCGAUACAAAGACAAUCCAAAUAUUGCGCAUGAAAGCUCUCAUGUUCAAGCAAGAGAGGCACUGAAAAAAUAUUUACAUUAUUACGAGCGAUGGGAAAAUCAUAGCAAGUCGCUGAAGCUUGAAGAACAAACGUUAGAAAAUAUUAAGUCAAGAAUUAAUAAAAAAGUUAUGAAUGCCAGCGGUACCUGGAUUGAUUGGCAGCAUUUAUUUGGCGCGGCUUCAUUGUUAGCCCGUUGUCGCUACACUUUACAGUACACAUAUCCAUAUGCGUAUUAUAUGGAACCUGGACCGCGUAAACAACUGUUUGAGUAUCAACAAGCACAGUUGGAAGCUGAAAUCGAGAACUUGUCAUGGAAAAUUGAACGAGCUGAAACCACAGACCGUGGUGAUUUAGAAAAUCAGAUGGAUAUUGCUGAGAAACGUCGUGUUACUCUUCUGAAAGAUUUUCUAGAUGAUGCAGUUGAUUACAAUAACAAGUAUUAUCAAGAGGAUCAAAGAGCUUGAUAGUUAUACAGUCCGAAUCACUGAGACAUAAUCUAGCGUUUUUAAUUAAAUGAAUUUUGUGUACUCUGUAAGAAUAUUGGUGAAUUAUUAGUACUAAUAAUAAUUAAUCAAUAAUCUAAACUUACAUAGAAAAUGUACUAUUAAAAAUAAUUGUGAGAAUAUAUUUAAUUACGCGUAAUUGUAAGUUUACGUUUUAUCGCGACAAUUAGAGCUUACCAGUUCAUUCGCAGUAGGAAAAAUAAUUCGUGUUUGUUGAGUGCCAAUAUAAACAGAAUGUUUGUUGAUUUUAGUAAUUAUAAUUAUACAAAUUAAUUCUUUAUUAUUAUUUCAAUAUUCAA